GCUCGCCCUCGCCUCCGCUGCCUCCAGCCUCGCUUCUCCCACCUUCCCGCCCCUCGUCCGGGCCCCGCUGCCCGUUCCCCGCCGAGCCCACGAGGAAGCCACUCGCCGGCUGGCCCGGCCGCCCGCGCGAGCUCGGGACUGCGUUCCCCGCCGCCUGCCAACGACCUCCCGACCCCCCGCGGACCUCGGGACCGCGACCGUACCCGCCGUCUCUGGCUCCGCCAUCCCCAGCCCGCAGACCUUGGCUGGAGGGGCAAGAUGGCGUCGGCUGCGUGACCGACCCCUGAGUGACUGACCCUGGACCUUGGAGACUCGGCCAGCUGAGGCCCGGAGCACGGACUGCGGGCUCCCCGUCCCAGCGCCCGCCACGCCUGCCGCUCGGGGGGCCGCCUCGGUGGUACCCGGGUCUGAAGAGUCGUCCCGCUUUGAGAGCCGGGGGAAGAUGGCGAUGACACUGUUGGAAGACUGGUGCCGGGGGAUGGACGUGAACUCCCAGCGAGCUCUGCUGGUCUGGGGGAUCCCGGUGAACUGCGACGAGGCCGAGAUCGAGGAGACCCUCCAGGCCGCCAUGCCCCAGGUGCCCUACCGAGUGCUCGGGAGAAUGUUCUGGAGGGAAGAGAAUGCCAAGGCGGCCCUGCUGGAGCUCACCGGCGCCGUGGACUACUCGGCGGUCCCCCGCGAGUUGCCAGGCAAAGGCGGGAUGUGGAAGGUGGUCUUUAAGCCCCCCACGAACGACGCCGAGUUCCUGGAAAGGCUACACCUCUUCCUGGCCCGGGAAGGGUGGUCCGUGCAAGACGUGGCCCGCGUCCUGGGCUUCCAGAACCCUGCUCCGGCGCCCGGCCCGGAGAUGCCGGCGGAGAUGCUCAACUAUAUUUUGGAUAAUGUGAUUCAGCCGCUGGUGGAGUCUGUAUGGUACAAGAAGCUGACGCUGUUCUCCGGGAGGGACGUGCCGGGCCCCGGGGAGGAGGCCUUUGAGCCCUGGCUGGAGCACACCAACGAGGUCAUAGAGGAGUGGCAGGUGUCUGACAUCGAAAAGAGGCGGCGGCUGAUGGAGAGUCUGCGGGGCCCCGCCGCUGACGUCAUCCGCAUCCUCAAGACCAACAACCCGGCCAUCACCACCGCCGAAUGUCUGAAGGCCCUGGAGCAGGUGUUUGGCAACGUGGAGAGUUCUAGGGAUGCGCAGGUCAAGUUCCUGAACACUUACCAGAACCCAGGAGAAAAGUUAUCGGCGUAUGUCAUCCGUCUGGAGCCCCUCCUGCAGAAGGUGGUGGAGAAGGGAGCCAUCGAUAAAGAUAGCGUCAACCAGGCGCGGCUGGAGCAGGUCAUUGCCGGGGCCAACCACAGUGGAGCCAUCCGGAGGCAGCUGUGGCUGACGGGGGCUGCGGAGGGGCCGGCUCCCAAUCUCUUCCAGUUGCUCGUUCAGAUCCGCGAGGAGGAGGCCAAAGAGGAGGAGGAGGAAGCCGAGGCUGCCCUCCUGCAGUUAGGCCUGGAUGGGCACUUCUGAGCCCCCCUCCCCCGGAAAAGGGCUGUGGUAAUGGCGCCCCGUCACUGCUUUCCUUGUUCCUCUGCAACCUUGCAGGCCUGUCUGAGUAGUAAAGACCUAGCCUCGUUCUGUUUCUGUUGUUUAUUGGGGGGGA